AUGGCGGAAACGUGUAGGCUUAGUACGGAGGCUGUCGUUUUACUUUUAAGCUUUCUCUUUCAUAGCGGUAUGAUUAUUUUGUUUUCCUCUAAAUGUUCCGCAGGUAAGUCGACAAAGUUUUGAAUUUGUUUUGCUGAUAUUCGUUCAAUUUUUUUUCAUAGUUUGAAUACCCCGGCUAAAAUAGAACUUUGCAAGUGAUGGACUGGCUAUGUCUGGUCACAGGAGAGUUCUAUCGAACUCUGUCGACUAGAUUUCUUGCAAAAUACCCAUUUGUGCCGCGGUUGACGCAAUCUGACGCAAUGACCAAUUUCCAAUAGUAGUUCAUAUACAUUGGGGUCGAUUUAAAAAAAGACGUAAAUUAUUUGCGUUCCUCUCUGACGGGUUACUCGCCUCGGGAUCUCACAACUUGCUUCGGCGUACAUUCAAAAUCUAACGGUAAAAUUACAGAGGUACCCACUGAGGCAAAAUCUUUUUUUGGCGAAAAAACUGCAGCAGAACUUUCAAUCUCCUAGGAUGCCGUAGCAAGGAAAACUCUCACACGGUACAAAAAAAAAACAAACAAACAAAAGAAAGAAGGAAAGAAAGAAAAAGAAAAAAACCAACAGGAAACCAUGAUCUAGCGGCAAAUUGACUUUUUGGGGAUAUUACCCUGCAAUUGAAACCUCUUUUCCUAAACCAAAACCGUACUUCAACUUCAUCAUUUCACUCUCUUUUGUUAUUUAAAUACUGAACAGGUGAAGAAUGUCGAUCUAUUGUUUUCAAAGAACCAAUAAAGAACAAAGUCUUGGAGGGGCACUUAAUCAGGCUUAUCCAGAUACCCCAGCAAGCGAACUGUAAAGUACUGUGCUAUACGGAGCCCAAUUGUGUGUCCAUAAAUUUGGGGCCUUCGCAAGGAGGGAACUACAUUUGUGAGUUAAACAAUGCUUCGGGCGAAAGUCCAGGCUCAUCCGCCUUUCAGAGUAAACAAGAUUAUUCCCAUUUCAGCAUCGAGGUACAGUGACUUUUUUCAGACGGCGGACAAUUAUGAAUGGGGUUACAUUGGCUCAUCAUAUCUCUUUCGUGACCUAUCUUUUGUGCGGUAGUUCUCGAAACAGAGAUUGGUAAUGAAUACUUAAGGAAAUUAGGAAUCACCUCAACAAGGUAAAAUACCAAAGCUAAGUUACACCAGUGGUGUUAUCCGUACAAUGUUAAAAAGAGAAAAAUCAAUGAACCCGUGGCUAAAAAGAAUAGGAGUCAUUUUAAAAAAAAUAAUUAACCACUACUCAACCUGACAAAAUAUUCAGUAACUCGAUUGAUCGAUAUUCUGGUUUAAUGAUUGACAAAGUGUAAUUGAUUCUGGUCUUCAACUGAUCAAAAAGCAUGAAGAAGUCAUCGCUCCAGCAAGACAGUGUUCCUUUGAGAAUAAGUUAUAACUAAGCAUGGAUAUUUAUAAUACGCAUCAUUUUUUCUUGAUCAGAAUCCAUGCAGCAGCAGUCCCUGUUUCAACAAUGGCACUUGUCAAGCUGGAUACACUGAUAACGGAUUUCGUUGUAAAUGUCCUUCAGGAUUCACUGGUGCAUACUGCGAUAAUGGUAAUUGAAUACAAAACUGUAAAGUGGACUCAAUUCUGAAUGUAACCAUAGGAUAUUCUGGGGAUGGCAAUUUCGGGGUUUUUUUUCUUUUUCUUUUUUAGUUUUUAACGUAGCCUGCAGCUUUGAUUUUGAAGAUGGAAUCGGCGAAUGGGAAAUGACAGGCAGAGCUUUCAUUAAUCAACCAACAUUUGGUGACAAUCCAGCAGCUCGCAACAGAGAAAGCGCCCAGCAACAAGGGGACUGGUGGAUAGGGGGGGCUGAGAAUCGACCCAGCGAGAACGAUGCUCCGGCAGGACAGCACCCAGAUGGGGCCGAUCCACCCCAGGGAACGCUCAUUUCUCCUUGUUUCCGUAUCUUUGGCAAAGAUAUCUCGUUUCUCGUCGGUGGAGGAUGUACCAUAAGUGAUAUUCGUGCGGAGCUUAUUGUCAACAAUCAGGUGAGAUUAUUCACUUUGACCAUCAUGUUUCAUUUGAUUACUUUGAAACAACCUUACUUGAUUUAUCAAAGUAUCAGAGGUUUGGUCUUUCAAAAUUGCGAAACCAUUUUGAGCUUCGUGAUAUCCAUGAGAUUCGUUUAGGUUUACAAUAAGCUAUUUAGAAGGAAAAAAAUAUAUUUUAAAUAGGAAAGCCAAACGUUUUCGACAUAAGAUCAUCAUCAGGAUAAAUGAUGGUGUCCCUGAAAAUGAUAGUGUUGAGAACGUUCGGUUUUUACUUUUCAAAUAUAUUUUUGCCCUAUAAAUAGCUCAUUUUGAAUUUCCUGAAGAGAACUCGCGUCUGGCACACUUUAUUUGAACAUUGCAAUCAGCACAUUCAAUGCUGUAAUGUCUUGAUUUCAAGUAGAAAGAGGUUGCUCUUAAUUUGUGUAAAUGUAUGAUACAGUCAUGAUAGAUUUAUCAGCAUUCAUCGAAACAAAGGUUUAAAACUAUUUGAUAUAUUUGUUGUUACAUUCAGGUUGUCAGAAAUGAGACAGGCAACUGUUACGAGACAUUGUACCGUAAGAGCUGGGAUGUAAAAGAAUUCAUUGGACAAUACGCGCAAGUCAGACUAGUUGAUAGAAGAUCUGGUGCUUGGGGUCACAUUAAUUUUGAUGCCCUUAGAGGAGAUAUCAUUUGUCCUCACCAUUUAGGGGAAAACAACUGA